AUAUACAGGGCCAACAUCAACAAAGCCACCUCCCAUUACAUUAUGACAACAUUUGGACAUCCCGGCCAGUGACUGGCUGGGACCGCUCCCUCUACCCCCUUCCCACUGCACACGUUCCUAUUUAAAGCUGAGCUACAAUGACUUUUUCACCAACUCCAAAACAGCCAUCGAGGGCAGUCAUGGAUCAAGUCGAGUUCAACUGCGGUGUAAUGCAUAUUAAGGACCACAGCCCUCGACAAUUGUCAGAGGAAACUGUCAAGAUGCUGAUCCAGCGAUCUCAGGAGGCCAAGCAGCGAGCCUACUGUCCUUACAGCAAAUUCAGAGUGGGAGCCGCUCUCCUGACGCUAGACAACUGUGUGAUUACAGGUUGCAAUGUGGAGAAUGCAUGUUACAACCUGGGUGUGUGUGCUGAAAGGAAUGCUAUCUCAAAAGCUGUGUCAGAAGGCCACAGAAGUUUCAAGGCAAUUGCAAUUUCAAGUGACCUGAGUGACCAGUUCAUCACCCCGUGUGGCGGCUGCAGGCAGUUCAUAAGAGAGUUUGGAUCAAACUGGGAUGUGUACCUAUCGAAGCCUGACAGCUCGUACCGGAGAAUGACUGUGGACGAACUGCUACCGGUCUCCUUCGGCCCUGAACAACUGUACAUGAGGAAAGAGUUUGAAACGCUCACAGACGCCUAGUAUACUUGACAUUCACUGUGUAUAAUUAACAUGCUCAUUUUUCAUGGUCAGCAGUUCUAUUUAUGGUUCAUUUUUGCUCUGUAAUUAUCUGCUGAACUUUACAUAUUUAUUUUAUAUAUAAUUUCAUAUUACUAUACACGUGAAGCUAGACGUCAGAGUUGUAGCUGGAAAAUACAUUGUGCUUUAAUUAGUGAUCCAUGUAAUUACUUCCAUUAUAAUAUGAAAUGUUGCUCAUCUUGUUGUAGAUACAGAUUUAGUUUGAGGAAGCAACACAGAAUAGUAUAUAUCAUAGCCAGACACUUUAAUAAAUAAACAGUUUUAAAAUGAGUUUAAUAAUUUACAUUUCUCACAAUGGGAUAUAAACAAAAAAUAAGUUCAAAGAGCAUACAAGAUGAAAAAUACAGAAUACAGGUUAGUGUGCUGCAAAUAUUGUUUGUCAAGCAGCAAAUUAUGCACUACAAAGUAAGAGGAGGGGAGAGACGGUGUGAAGCAUUUCAGCUGCCUGUGCAAACUCAAACAUUUAUUUAGUGAUUUUAGGUCUACAUAUUCCAUGCAUUUAUAUUUACAGUAGUUUAAGGGCAAAGGCGUAAAAAAGGGCAAGUGUGUAAUAUUAAGGUUUAUCUUUUACCCUCGAUACAGACAAUCAACAUGAACUUAAAAAAAAAAAAA